AUGUCCAGGUGCAGCAGGGAGCCUGUCGGAGUGCCCCUCAGGUGGGAGUGCAGCCGGGGCAGCAUGCGGAGCACCGGGCUCACCACCCUGCUCUCUGCCCUGGCACUGGCUGCAGGAUCUGCCGGCAGUGACCCUGGAAAUGAUGGAUUAGGAGAUGGAUCGAUGAUAUUACCCACUUUUACAGCAACACAUGUUCCUGCUAUGGGUCCUUCAACUGUGGAUGACCAUGAGCCAGUACUUGUAACUGCAAGCACUACUGAAAGCAGCUUUGAAGCACAUUCUCCAAGUACUGAACUGAAUGCUGUGAAUGAUGAGGACAGUCUAGAAGCAGCAGAACAGACCAUCUUGAUAUAUGUUGUCCCUGUGGCGCUGCUGGUCCUGCUGAUUUUGUUGAUCACAUUUUUUAUAAUGCAUCAUAAAAGGAAAAAGUCCAAGCAAGAUGAGCUAGGAAGUGAAAAUGUAAAAAGUCCUAUUUUUGAAGAAGACACACCCUCUGUUAUGGAGAUAGAAAUGGAAGAGCUUGAUAAAUGGAUGAACAGCAUGAACAAAAAUGGUGACUGUGAAUGUUUGCCUACUGUAAGAGAAGAAAAAGAAUCAAUCGCCAACCCAAGCUGGAAACAAGAGGCUGUACAUUGCCCUUGCCUGCACCCUUGUGUUGCAGCUGCAUUUUGA